GUGUGGACACAGUCAAGAUGCCAAGAAGGACCUUAAAAAGGCUCGGUCAGAGUCUGAGACCGAGGCCUGCAAAACACAGCUCUCAAGUCCUGUCAUGAAGAAUCAGGACGGUAAUAAAGAAUGUUUUGACCUUCCACAAACGACAAGUGGUGCUGUAUCCGAGGGCGAUCGUCUGAUAGUUGAGCAGGUGUCUGCAGAGGUGACAAAGCAAUUAGAAGAGAAGAAGGGAGGUGAGAAAGAGGGUGAUAAUUCACAUGCUCAGUCUGAAGUCCGGCCUCAGGAUUCUGCUAAAGUUGAAGAAAAAGCAGGUAAGCAGCGACCUCUGACCUCAUCAUCUGUGCUUCCACCUGAAACUGUUACCUGCACACCUUUAAAUGAUGUCACCGCCAAGCUACCUGUUGAGAAACUCUCUUCUUGCCUUGACCCUGGUUCAAAACCUGAAAUGUUGAACUCAGCCUCCCCUCAGACAAAGCCUUGUGACCCCAGUUUCCAGCCUUCCACAAAGUCAGAUCAAACACCUGCCUUUGGACAAACGAACACCAGCGAAUCCAAAACUCACUCCACUGAUCCCACAACGGAUGAAUCAGCGACUUCAGAAGCAGCAGCGGCCUCUGACGAGUCAAUUCCCGCUAUUGAGCAAUGUGCCAGUAAUCCUGCUUUUGUGCCGCGGCCUCCUGGUCCGAUGUUGAGUCACUUGGAGUUCAUUAGAGACGGUGAUAUCUCUCCUCCUCCUGAGCAGACAGACGGCGGCACUAAAGUCUCUGCAGAAGUUAAAGGCGACAAUGACAGGAAAGUGGCACAAGAUAAUGUUAAAGAAGAUAAGACUCGUCCUAAACUGGAGGAUAAAAAUGAUGCUGCGUUGUCGAAUUCUGCAAUGAAUCUUGGGGAUAUUGCAUCUUCAAAAGAGGAAAAUGUGACUCCUCCGAUUCAGCCUCCUGGUGCAGUGGGCGGAUCCGAUAAUGUAAUUUCUCUAUCACACACCAAGCCAGACUCCUCCGUUGGCAUUAAACCUGUAAUUUGUGAAUCAUCCAUUAAGGAUGAUGUCAUUGUUGUCAGCUGCCCGCUUGCAUCCAGCCUGCAUACAAACGAGGAAAUUAAACAGAACAAAGAGAAACAAAACAUGGAUUAUCAGACCUCUACGCCUGCUGUAAGAAAGGAAGAUGAACAGCUUGACGAGGCUACAAAGAACAAUCAGAAGGAAACAGAAGACAGCAGUGAGAUGCAAACAGGAAACACAACAACACAACAGAGUAAUGAGGCUGAUAAAGAGACUGUGGGGGAAACAGGAGACCUGCAGCCAUCACAUAAACAUAAAGCAGAAAAAGCUGAAUCACCAAUAAAGGAUACAACAAAGGAGGGUGGAGAAUGGAAGAAAUCUAAAAGCCACACAGAUGAAUCUUCUUUAUCUCCUGACAGAGACAGACCUGCAGGGUCAUCUCAUGACACACCAAAAGCUAAGAUGCAGCCUGGUAGUGAGACUCACAAAACUCCAAUAUUGAACCUGAAACACAGCCAUGACAGGGACUCGGCACAAGAUUUGAGCGGCCAAUCGCAGUCUGCACCAGAUCCAAAUUGCUUUGCUCAGCAACAGGAGCAACAUCAGCAGCAACAUCCCACAGAGGAGCUGUCAGGUGUCUGUUUAGAGGGAAAGGAAACAACUAACGGUCAGGUCAGGCUGGCCCAGACGCUGGUGGUUCAUGUGGAGGAAGGAGACGGCUUUGUCAGGCGGUCAUGUCAGUCAGGAAGCAGGGAUGAGCUGACAGGAGAUGACAAGGAACGAGUGAUGGAUUUAAGGAAAGGUGGAGGAGAUGAAGGGGAAGCUGCAGCAGCGCUCGACAGGGUUUAUGUGACGUCUCACCUUGCCAGUGAUUUAAAUGAGAGUGGAAGUGCUGCUGAGGAAAAUGACUUAGAGCUAAUCACUUCUCACUCUCUUGUAGGAGAGACAAAACAGGGGACGGACGACAAUAAAGGCCAGGUUUUAGGGGUAGCCGGGUCGGUUACAGUUCCUGCGUCAGAAGCUGAGCUUGUGAGUGAUCUGAGCGCUAAAGGUCAGCAAAAAAGCAAACAAUUAACCGCCUGUCAGGACCAUAAUGAAAACCCCGAGACGUCAAAGAACACUGCUGUAUCUGUCGAGUCUGCAUCACACAGACAUGAGGCUUCACCUUUCCGAAUUCCUGCCUCAUCAAAGGUCGGCUCGGACAGUUCUGACAUUCAUGCAGAAGUUCAUACUCCAAGUGCAAAGCAGGCCGACCAAAAGCUGCAAAAAGAUUACAGUGAGAAAAGCCACAGUAGUGGGACUGAGGAGUGUGACAUUCAGGGUGCAAAGUGUGAGCCUUUUGAGCUGCAAAGCUCAGUCACACAGAGCAGCACAGAAGCAGAGACAGCCAUAAAAGGCCCUGAUGUAGAGGAGAUCACAGAGGAGGAUAAAGCAGCUUUGGGACGAGACAAAGCCGACAGCCAGGGGACGGAUCAAAGUGGGAUAAAAGUAGUAAACAAUGAAGCAACACAGAAAGAGAAAGGUGUUCAGGAUGAAGGCAGUGGCUUUGGGUCAGUUAAAGAUUCAGACCUGAGUGAAAGUGAGCUGCCCCAAAGCAGCAGUGAUGGCAUUUGUCUUUUGAAGGAAACAGAAAAUAGCAAUGAUUUAGCAAAUCAAAUAACUGUGGAUACUCAAUCUAGUAUUUCAUCAAAGUGCCUGGAUGAUUUGGCCUCAACACCUCUUGCAGCGAAGCCACAUGAUGAGGUGGUAUUGCCCGAUCCCGCCCAAAACAAUGUUGUAAAACCCAUCACUGCUGCCACUUCCCAAUCUGAAGUAAGACUAGUUGAAGAAGCUACUUCCUGCAUCUCUGCUGUGGGACAUGUGUCUGUGAAUAAAGAGAGUCCUGCUGCUGGACCACGAGCCCCAGAAUCAGAGACAAACUGGAUCAGAGCUCUAAAAGAAGCUGCACUCGAUUCUCAGAGUAAAGAAGAGAAAACAGAGAAGACGGCAAGACGCCUCCCGUCUCUGGAGUCCCCUCAAGAGUUUCUCACUCCGAGUGAGGAGAUAGACGCACCACUGAGGCACGAGGAGAGCCCACCUCCGGAGAAAGAGAUCCCACCUUUGAGGAAGCCGGUGGAUCUUCCUGAGCCUCUAAACAAGACCACAGAGAUCCCACCUUUGAGGAAGCCGGUGGAUCUUCCUGAGCCUCUAAACAAGACCACAGAGAUCCCACCUUUGAAGAAGCCGGUGGAUCUUCCUGAACCUUUAAACAAGACCACAGAGAUCCCACCUUUGAAGAAGCCGGUGGAUCUUCCUGAGCCUUUAAACAAGACCACAGAGAUCCCACCUUUGAAGAAGCCGGUGGAUCUUCCUGAACCUUUAAACAAGACCACAGAGAUCCCACCUUUGAAGAAGCCGGUGGAUCUUCCUGAACCUUUAAACAAGACCACAGAGAUCCCACCUUUGAAGAAGCCGGUGGAUCUUCCUGAGCCUCUAAAUAAGACCACAGAGAUCCCACCUUUGAGGAAGCCCGUGGAUCUUCCUGAGCCUCUAAAUAAGACAGUAGAGCUCCUAGAACCAAGACGGAGCACACAAGUAGAACUCCCGAAAGAACCAGAGAAAGUAGAGCUCUCUGAACAAACCGAGGAGGAACCAAAGGACCGCCAAGAACCCAAACAGAGCACAGAAGAAACUGUCCUUGUAGGAACAGAUCCAGUCGAACUCGGAGAACCUGUCGAGAAAGUCGAGUUUCCAGAACCAACACAGAGCACAACAGAAGAGUUCCCAGAGGACGCAGAGUCGGUAGAGCUCUCAGGACCGAUUGAGAAAGCAGAAGAGCUUUCAGAACAAACACAGAGCACAAAUACAGUAGAGCUCCAACAAGAAACAAAUACAGUAGAGCUCCAACAAGAAACAAAUACAGUAGAGCUCCAACAAGAAACAAAUACAGUAGAGCUCUCAGAACAAAUCGACAAAGAGGAAGAGCCUCAAGAGGAGCUUCAGGAACCAGAAAGAGAGCCGGUACCUUCUCUAGAACCAGCGCAGGAAACAGCUGAGGCCUUCAAGCCAACAGAAAGCACAGCAACAUUGUCAGAGCCAAUAAAAAAUAAAGAACCAGAACCAGUAAAGACCACAGCAGAGCACCAAGAGCCGGAUCUGACAGAGGAGCCAGAGGACAAACCUGCGGAGAUCUCACCUGAGGAGCCCGCCCUAAAAGAGCCAACCGAGGAGCCUGCAGGGACCGACAUAUUACAGGAUCUCACUGAGGCGCUACAGGACAGCUGGCCCCCCCUCGUUGAGCAGGCAGAGAAAGGUGACCGUGCCGCUGCCUCGCCCCCACCUCCGACCUCAGAAUCCUGCAUCCUGCCUGCCUUCCCGCCUCACCUUCACGACAUCACAGAGUUCCCCACUCCUCCUCCCACACCCCCGGAGAGGCACACCUUCGACUCUCUACCAACCCCACCUGCAUCCCCCACUUUCCCUCCUCCUCCUCCUCCUGCAUCUCCUCCUCUACAUCCUGCUGACCAGGGCGAGGACCACCUCCCUGCCUCUGCACCCUUCAACCCCCCUUUAAGGAGCUCAGACUCUGAUGGAGCGUUUGAGACGCCUGAAUCCACGACUCCAGUGAAGGCCGCUUCUCCUACAGAGCCGCAAACACAACAUCUACCAUUCGAUGAUAUAGCAGGAGCAGACUUCUCGUUCUCUGAUCCCGCCUCUGACUUGACCUCGGCUGACAGACCCUGCAGAUCCCCGUCUAUCGUCUUCGAUGAGGACCGGCCCAUCGCAGCGAGCGGUACUUACAACAUUGAAGUUUUGGCUUCAGACACGUCGACUCACACUCUAACACGUUCUCAGAGUCUCCAGGGAGGGGAGCUCGACGCCGAUGCUGACGGCAGUCUGAUCGAAGGAUUGACGGCGGGAGGUUUUCAUUUACAUUCUGAAUCCUUCAGCGUGGGGACCGAGAGCGCACCCGGGACCCUCCACAGGCCGAAGAAAGUCCGCCCGGGGUCUUUGAAAAAGAAACCGUUCCUAAGACAGAACUCCAACCCGGAGAGUCCGAGGCCGGCGUCAUCCGGCGGCACCCCGGAGAUCAACAGGAGGGCAAAGCCGAGAACCGCCAGCCCCCUGCAGGCUCAGGAGGAGGCAGACGGAGGAUCUGCGACCCCGAGUCCCGGAGGAACACUCAGAAAGACCAGGAAGAGCCGAGUGGUGACUCCCCCCCCUCUCCCCGAGGAGACCGGUCACACAAUCCCCGCCUUACCCUUGUGCCAGGAGGAGACUCCUCCCCCUUGUAGUCCACCGAACAGAGAGGAAUCCCCCAUCCCUCCGGCGACCUCCUACCAAUGGGAUCCAGAUAACUUUGACAACAUCGACCCUUUCAAAACUGGAGGAAGUAAAAUAGCAAAUUCCCCCGUCCUGGGCCGUAAAGAUCCUGUGUGCGCCGCCGUUUCUGACCCUCCAGAAAGCCCCGCUGUAGAUCCGAGUCCUCCGAGUCCUCCGGCUCUCAAAGAGUCGACCGCCGACCCCGAAGAGCAGCCCAUCCUCCCCAAACGUCAGCCGGUAAGACUGGAGUUUGACUAUUCCGAGGAGGGCAGCGAGGCGUCCCACAGGGCCUCCCCUCCCCCGCCCAAGAAAGUGGGCAAGAAGCCGGGUGGCAAGAUGCCUCUGAGGAAACCGAAGCUGGGUCUGAAGAAGGCCCCCCCGGCGCAGACCGAGCAGCUGGACAACAACCCUCCGGACUCUUGCAACGGAAACGAUGAAGAGAUCCCCGUUCACAAAGGGUCAUACAACUUUGAACCCGACAAGUGGGACGAUCCAAACUUCAACCCGUUCAGCCCGAAGAAAGGUGUCGGCAACUCGCCCAAACUCCCCAGGCCGUCUCAUAGCUUCAACUCCGAUGACUUCGACGACUCGAUAGACCCGUUCAAAUCCACCAACAAGAUGGCCGACUCUCCCCCUAAGGCGUCCGCCUCGUUCGAUGUGUCGUCCAGCGACUUUGACAACGACAACGAGAAUGACAACGUCGCAGAACUGGGCGACCAAAAUCAGAACAAACCGGCCAAGAAGAAGAAAACUCCCAUCAAAUCUAACACUUUCAGAGUGAAGCGGUCGCCCAAGAAAUCUCCGCUGUCUGAACUUUGUCAGGAUCCUCCACCCGCAGAUGAACCCUCCUCUCUGCACGCGCAGGACGACCACGCCACCGACGAGGAGAAGCUGGCCUCUUCCACGGGUCACAAGUGGAACCUGCACGACAUGGAGGCGGACUUGAACUCCGACCAGCAGGACUUCCCUCAGCCGAGUGACCUCACGUCCUUUGUGAACGAGAGCAGUCUCCCUCACCGGGCUCCAGCACAAGACUAUGAAAUCGAGUACAUGGAGAAGAUCGGCUCCUCCUCGCCUCCGCUGUCCCUGAAGAAGCCGUCUUUGUACCUGAAGCUGGACUCUGUGUCGGACAGCUUAACCAAGAAUAUGCACAAGCAUGGAUCAGAGCCCAGCUCCCCCUGCACAGGGAGUUUUGAGGAGAUGGAAGCCCAGAUCUCGGCGGGUAUGAAGAUGCCGGUCCUGAGCACACGGCCCGGUCCCGAGGGCUCCGCCGGGGAUAAGGGCAGGAAGAGAGAGAGCGAGUCGCUCAGCCGAACGCAGAGCACAGAGAGGGACGAGCAGCCCCCUAGCCAAGGCCCCGUGGAAGCUCCAGCCCCGGCUAUGCCCCCGUUAGACAUGCUGUCCGAGUGCGACGACCCCCUGCAGUACCUGGAGUCCGACCUGGCCGAGACCAACCCUACCGCAUUCGCCCAAAAACUACAGGAGGAGCUGGUGCUUGCUGCCCUGAGGAUAGAGGCACUGCAGUCUCGACUCAAGAAACCCAGCAAUCGUCGGUGGAAUAUCAACGGUUCACCCUUACUCAAAGCAUUAUUUGGGGGGAUUGUCUCUUUAGGACAGAGCUCUGAGCAAAAGUUUCCCCCACAAAGUGACAUCACACACAGAGACCUGUCCUCGCCCGUAGAGAGCGCCGUGUCCAAGAACUCCCUGUACACCAGGACCAACAGCAGCAGUUACAUCGACGGGGAGAGCCCCCACCUGCCCGGAGAGCUGGACCACUCGCUGGGCAUCGCACGAGAGGAGAUUGUGUCAAAGGAGAAAGAAGUGCUGGAGUGGCAGAGGAAGUAUGAAGACAGCCGGCAGGAGGUGGUGGAGAUGAGGAGGAUCGUUUCAGAGUAUGAGAAGACGAUUGCUCAGAUGAUAGGCAUGCCAGAGGAUGACCAGAAGGAGAAGUCUCUGUCCCAUCACACCAUCCAGCAGCUGAUCAUGGAGAAGGACCAGGCGCUCUCCGACCUCAACUCGGUGGAGAAGUCCCUGGCCGACCUCUUCAGACGCUACGAGAAGAUGAAAGAUGUUCUGGAGGGCUACAGAAAGAAUGAAGAGGUUCUGAAGAAAUGUGCUCAAGAGUAUCUGUCCCGGGUCCGUAAGGAGGAGCAGCGCUACCAAGCCCUGAAGAUCCAUGCAGAGGAGAAACUAGACAGGGCCAAUUCAGAGAUAGCUCAGGUGCGAGUUAAGGCGAAGCAGGAGCAGGCCGCCUACCAGGCCAGCGUGAGGAAGGAGCAGAUGAAGGUGGACUCUCUGGAGCGUACUUUGGAACAAAAGAACAAAGAGAUCGAGGAGCUGACAAAGAUCUGUGACGAGCUGAUCGCCAAGAUGGGGAGGAGUUAGCGGCCUUACCGCGCCCAAGCCAAACCUCGUAGAGAAAUUUAGCAGUUUUUUGGAAACACUCCUUAACCAAAUGAAGCAGAAUCAUAACAAGUAACCUUUUCCACUCUUCCAAGGACUUUACGGACUUUAAAGGACAAAGAAGGUCUUUGGCUUGAUUUCCUACUGAGCGGGAUCCCCAGGAGACGCUCCUCUUAAUCACUCUGUACAUUUUUUGAUGUGUCAGUGUUCUGUACUGUAUCAGGGGGGUCUGGUCUUAGAAAAUGUAUCAUAUCACUGAUUCUAAAUGUGUGUGAGUGUGUGUAUGAUAAUGAGAAAAUGAGAGCGUUGUUUGUGGGAUUAAAUUAUCUAUGACGUUGCCAUGACAGCCACUGAGGGUGAAGACUGUUUACCUGCUCCUGUAGUUGUUGUUUCCUUUUCAAUAUGAGAGACGGACACUUUGACUAAACAGCGACUUAGAAAGAGUCUUAAAAAUAUCGAUGCACCACAAAGAGAACACAAACGAUCACAAUAACCUCCUGCAUGUGAGAGAGACAGAACAAUGUUAACGUUUGUAUAUAGUGUACUGUAGCAAAGUAUGAAAAAGAUUCCUCUGCAUCCUUUUUUAAAAAAGUUAUUCUGACGCCCUCCCGCCUCGUCGCUCCCCUCAUUUAAACCCUUGUAGAUAAUUGUCAUACUUAUUGUAGCUUUCUCAAUGAAAUUGUGGGACUUAUAUUUUGGAUUUUAUUUUGAUAUAAAGCAAACUAAUCUUGUGACUGUAUUCCUGUUGUGACCAGGAGUCAUUUAAUGUUUUGGAUGUCCUAGUCCUGCUAUGGUCGUUUGUGUCACACUGAGGAAGAAGUCUUCUCUGCACAGCUCCUGUACAGCAUCUGCUUACAAAGUGCAAUAAAAGAUGGCAAUACAGCA